AUGGCUUUCCACCUGAGAUCGAUAAGUUUGCCUUCUAGGCCUCACAUCAGUGAGACGGAAGUCGAACAAGAGCUGCUGAGCUUGGAGGCAAGCAUCUCUUCCUUCAUUACCAUCGGCACAAUGUGCGAGGGUCUUAUGAGGCUUGGAAACAUCUACAAUGGUGUUGAAGAAAUCAUUGGCCUACCAAGCAACCAAGUAUGCUCUGCCUAG